AUGCCUUACGCUCCCGGUGACGAAAAGAAAGGUGCUUCCUUGUUCAAGACUCGUUGCGCCCAAUGCCACACUGUCGAUAAAGGCGGCGCUCACAAGGUCGGUCCUAACUUGCACGGUGUAUUUGGCCGUAAGACCGGUCAAGCUACAGGCUACGCUUACACUGAAGCCAACCGCGACAAGGGUAUCACUUGGGACGAAAACACCUUGUUUGACUAUCUCGAAAACCCCAAGAAGUACAUUCCCGGUACCAAAAUGGCCUUUGCUGGUUUCAAGAAGCCCGCUGACCGUAACAAUGUCGUUACUUUCUUGAAGAACGCUACCUCCGAUUAA